AUGUCCUGCUACGACCGGUGCUACCGACCCUGCGGCCCAACCCCACUGGCCAACAGCUGCAAUGAGCCCUGUGUCAGGCAGUACCAGGACUCUGUGGUGGUGACUCUGCCCGGGCCCAUCCUCAGGUCAUUCCCUCAGAACACUGUUGUGGGCUCUUCCACCUCUGCUGAAGUUGGCAGGAUCCUCAGCUGUGAAGGAGUGCCCAUCAACUCCGACUGCUGUGACCUCUCUGGCAUUUUCAGCCGCUUUGGUGGCAUAAGGUACCUCCGCGGAUAA